AUGGUCGCCAAGAAUGCUCGCGCUAACGGAGAAGAGUUCAAAGCUCUGUUCGAAUACGGCGAACGAGGCUCGUAUUUUGGAAACACGAGGGAGGAUAUUUCCAUUCCGAAAUCGUCCGUUGGUCAAGCAUCGACCAACAGUGGAUUUGAUAGUUAUCACAGGGAAUCAGGCGUCGUGCAACUCUUCUUCCCGCGAGGCGCGCCGGAAUCUGUACGGACGAAGUUUCCGCUCGUCUAUCUGUGCACUCCGAUUCACGGUUUCACGUUUCGCCGAUGGACGGAGAUUAUGCAGCCAUCUUUGAUUAAUUUUUUAACGUCUCACGGAUAUGCCGUUGUUGUGCCGUCAUCUAUCGGCGAACGAGGUUCUUCGAACGAAGUUUUGGGUGCUAUUAUGCCCAACCUUGAUUCGCAAGCAAACGGCGUGUCUUUGGAAGAGGUUGCGAAGAGAUAUUUGAAUUUCACGGUGGCGAGUUUUACGUACUUGACGAACGAGUUUUUCGGCAGUGAGAGUAAGAAAAAGAACGACAAUAACAAUAAUUACGUUCCAGGCGAGUCAGCUUUGGAUACCGUUCGAAGGAAUUACCGAACGCGAGUGUAUACUUUAUACAGCAGAGUUGACGUCGAAAGCGCGGCUUUGAUUGGUUUCAGCGUCGGAGGCGCUAUUGCCGCGUAUUCAGGAAGUAUUUUAAAGAGUCGGAAUCAAAUGAAUUUGAGAAUUUCUUUCUUGCUCGCGCCAACUAUUGGCGAAAGACCAGGCGCUGCGAGAAAAGUUGGUUUAGAGUUAUGGAACCUCUAUUCCUCUGGCUUACAUAACAACCCGAACGUCAUCGUAACCGGCUCGGCGGACGGGAUGGGCGGCUUAAGUAGCUCUAGAGCUUUUUAUUUCGAAGCAGAGAAGCUGGAAGCUUUAUUGGUGGAAAUACGGUUCGCCACGCAUUGUCACUUCCCAGUUGUCAUGUCCGAGUGCAAUUUACUCAACAUUCAAGAGGAUAUCGGGGGUGUUCGAGCGUUCGAUUUAGCGCUCGCGAACGCCGCGUUCCGAUAUUACUUGCGAGGCGAUCAGAAAGCCGGCGAGUUGAUUUCUUUACAGCGCGGCGUAGACUCGUUUAAAAGUCCUACUUCGGUCUGGGACAGGGUUCAUUAA